ACACACACAUAUACUAGAUUUAUACAGAAAAUAGGUCAAUUUCUGUGCUUUCUAUUCAAUUCCAUUGAUCUGUCUGUCAAUUCAUAAGCCUGAAUAUGUUUUGAAGGUAGAGUUAACAGGUGUUGGUGAUGAAUUUGAUGUGAGGCAUGAGGUAAAAAGAGGAGUCAGGUAUGACUCUAUGAUUGUUGACCUAAGUAACUAGAAUGUUGGAGUUGCCACUUACUAAGGAGAACUGAGUUUUUGUUGGGAAAGACCAGGAAUUCUGGGUUGGCCAUAUUCAAUCUGCAAUGACCUUUAAAUGUCCUAGUGGAGAUGUGAAGGGGCAUGUGGCUAUAAGCAUAGAUUUAGGGGAAAGGCAGGAGAAAGACAUUUAGAGUCAGUGAUGUGGAGACAGAAUUUAAAACCAUGAGGCUAUUAAGAGUUUUAAAUGAAAGCAUUAUCUCCAUUUGGGAGAUAUACAUCCUACAGUUUUGAGGGUUUAAGUCACUUGUCCAAGUAAAUUGCAGAGCUGGGCCAUGAAUCUAGUUCUUGUUCUCUGGAUUCGUUUUUUAUGUCUGAUGAAACAAAGUACCCUAGACAGGCUGGCUUAAAGAGCAGAAUUUAUUUUCUCUCGAUUCUGAAGGCCUGGAUCAAGACGUCAGCAGGGCUGGUUUCUCCUGAGGCCUCUCUCCUUGGCUUGUAGGCAGCUGUCCUUUCCUCCCUGGUAUUCACGUGGUCUUCCCUCUGCUACCUGUAAGUGUCUUAAUUCCCUUUUCUUAAGGAACAUCAGUCCUGUUGGAUUCAGGUCUACCCUAAUGACCUAAUUGUAGCUUAAUUAACCUGUAAAGACCUUAUUUCCAAGUACAGUCACAUGCUGAGUUACUAGGGGUUAGGCCUUCAACAUAUGAAUUCCGGAAGGAAACAAUUCGGCAUGUAAUAUUCUGUUUUUGUGACACCAGCUUGCUAUGUGUUUGAGACUGUAGUAGUCAGAGUUCUCCAGAGGGACAGAACCAAUAUAUGAGUUGAUUAGGGAGAACUGGCCCACACAAUUACAAAGGUGAAGUCCCGCAGUAGGCCACCUGCAAGCUGGGGAAAGAGAGACGCUGGUAGUGACUCAGUCCAAGCCUCAAAACCAGGGAAGCUGACAGUGCAGAAUGAGGACAAAGGCCCUAGAGCCCCAGGAGGUUGCUGGUACAAGUCUCAAAGUCCAAAGACUGAAGAACUUCAAGUCUGACAUCCAAGGGCAGGAGGAGAAAAGUGGCUGCCCUGGAAAGGAGACAGAGGAAGCUCUGCAAAUCAUCCUCAAGAUUGACCCCCAGUGAUUCUUGCCUGCUAGUAUUCACUGUUUUGUGGAGUCUUUGCCUACAAUGAGUCAUAGCCAACUUCUGUGACCAAGAGAAUAUGAUAGAAAUGACAGCACAUGACAUCUGAAAAUACGUCAUGGAAGACAUUGCAGCUUCCACCUUGGUCUCUUGGAUUGCUCACUUUGUGGGGAAGCCAUGCUUUGAGGAUGCUCAAGCAGCUCUGUGGAGAGGCCCAUUUAGAGAGAAACUGAGGCCUCUUGCCAACAGCUGCCACUGCCACCCACAUUGCUACCAUGUGGCUGAGCUAUCUUGAAGCAGAUCCUCCAGUUCCGGUUAAGCUUCAGACACUAUAAUCCUGACUGACAUUGGAGAGCAACUCAUUAGAGACCCAGAGCCAUGACUAUCCAGCCAAGCCAUUUCUACCUGAUUCACAGAAACUGUGAAGGAAAAUGAUUAGUAUUACUUUAAGCGACCAAGUUUUGGGCUAUGUUCAGUGUUGCCAAAAAGCACGGAAGAUGAACCCUAAAAGGACUCUUUGGCUUGAGGCAACCAGGAGCCACUGGUGACCUUGUGAAAUCGGGUCCUGUAGAAAGAUGAUUUCAGACACACUGCUAGGAUACUGCCUCUACUCACUGAAGCAGAAUCCUCUGAAGAGUUGCUGAGGCAGAACUGAAAUCAUGGCUCACCUCAAAGAAGCAGCAGUAUUGGCCGUUAACGAUGCCUCAUACAGAAAGACGGUGCUCCUUUAACUCGGGGUUUUAAUGGGAAGUUUCUAAGCCUGAAACAACAGCUUUAGACCUGGGGUGUGCCAUCAACUGCCUUGCAGCUACCACUGUCUACUGCUUUCACACAGCGUGGUCGGGAAGAAUGGAAACUAAAGAGGCUUGUAACUACCUGUAACUGUUCCACCAGGACAUGGAUCAAGUGUUUGUUCAGCCAGAGCCAGUAUUAAAAUUAGACUUUAUUUCCUGAGCACCCACAAAUGGACCUGACAAAGGGAAGACACAGAUGUACUGUGUGAUGGGGAACGUCUGUCAGGAUUAAAAUACGUCCAUAACUCAGCCUCUCCAGAGUGCAGCCACCAUGACCACUGCAGAUUGAUGAUGGAAGAAAAGGAAACCAGGAUAUCCUGUGCUCUGGCUUCCCUGGACCAUGGAUGGAGGACAGCCCAUCCCUUCAUCCCUAGUGCCCCUUGGGAACAUAUCAGCAGAUUCUAGCAUGUCCCUGGAACAGAAAACGACAUUUGUUUUUGUGAUUUUGUUGUUUAUCUUCUUGGGCAUUCUCAUUGUCCGGUGCUUCCGGAUUCUUUUGGAUCCAUAUCGAAGCAUGCCAACCUCUACCUGGGCUGAUGGACUUGAAGGCCUGGAGAAAGGACAGUUCGACCAUGCCCUUGCUUAGAAGGGAUGGCAUGGGAUCUCCUCCUGAGGAGAUGAAGUGCUCUGUGUCUUGGCGAAGAUUCCCUUUAUGUAGUGUUCUCAACAAAUCAAAUUUAAACAAUAUUUGGUCCCAGGACCACAGUCCAUUAUUCCAUAAAUAUGCAGUUGGAUUAAAGGCAUUUGAGGAUGUUGGAAAUGGACAUUUAUAUAACUAACCCAACAUAAGAAGGUUUAAAUUUUUAUGUUUGCUCAAUGAAUGAAUACUCUUAAACUUGUGUGAUUGUGAAACCAAGAGCAUCAAUACUGACAUAGAUUUGUUAUCAAACAAACACCACCUGAUCUGACUAAAGUAUAAAAGACUAGAAAGGAUCUCAUAUGAAUCUGGCGACAAGAUCAGGAAGAGAUUUCCUUGCUCUAAUUAUGUCUAUAUUUGUUUUAUUUCAUGCAAUUCUAUCUGGGUCCUGAGCAGAAUGAGGAAGAUUGCGCUGAAUGGACCCAAAGUAGUUCCUUGUUUUCUCCUAAAGCAGGGAGCAUUGGGAAGCAAUGGCAAAGCUUAAGAGAUGGUUCUGUCCUUGGUAAAUGUGAGUGAGAAUUGCGUUUUGUUUUUCAAGGAAAGUUUAUUCAAAGGCUACAGAGUUUUAAAAAUAUUUACCAAGCCAACUACAUUAUAUGUAUUCAUAUUAAUAACAUGUGUAGAGGUAGCUAUACAUUACUUGAAUUUACUCUUUACACAAAUGAUUUAAAUAAUAGGCUGCAAGUGCAGCUUCAAGUUUCUUUUUUUUAAUGAAAAGUUAAUUGUUUAGAGGAGAAGACUUUUAUAGUCUUCAGAGGAAUGUGUAUUUAUGAUUGUAUAUAGUCACCAAAUAAAACUUUUCAAGAAACA